AUGACUCGCGCCGCGUCGGUUAGUUCGUCAGUUAGCAGCUUUAUCUGCUCCAAGAGCGCAAUAGAGAGUGCGCCGCAGCGUCCGUGUCGCUACUCGCGCAAACAAAGCCAGGACGAGCUCCUUCGUGGCGGAACAUUUCUGGACCUUCAGCAGUCGCUUCCCCUUUCACGUAGCAAGAAACGCCUGGACAAUGUAUCGACUCAGACGGGGCAUCAUCAAGUCUCCACUUGCACGUAG